AUGAGUGCUUCCAACAGCAUGCAUUCGAGUCGGCCACAGACGGCAAUACCUGCAGCUGCGCAGCGUCCAACGCAAACUGGUGCACCGUCUUCAACUCUCAUCAGUUCUAUGCGCGAUGCGUUUAUUAAAGACGCAGAAGGUAGAUUUCGCAUGUCCCUUUCGCGACACGCUCCAAAAGCUGCCGAUUCGCAACAAGUUCGUGAUCCAUGCAGAGUCCCCGUCCGCGACAUUGAUGCGAAAGACACCAUGGUGUCUGUUCUCGUGUGCAAUCCUCCCGUCACAUUCAAUGUCCACCGCAAGACCCUCCUGCGCUCGUCCGCGUUCCUCAAGGCCAAGGCCAAACCGGAGUGGUCCAAAGGCGAAGCGGCGGUGGGGAUUCCGAAUCACUCUUCCGAGAUCUUCGGCAUCUACUGCAAAUGGCUCUACUCAGGCUGCAUCGUUGGCUGUAUGGGCUUGCCAAGUGCGACUGUCUGGACUUCGGCUUGGGGUCUGCUGGCGGAUGCCUUCGUUUUGGGUGAGGAGCUCAUGGACACGGAGUUCAAGGAUACCGUCAUGGAUUCGUUCCGGGCGAAAGCUCAAGGCGAACAUGGACGCAGCUUCUGGCUCAGUGCCCCAGAAAUUGUGCACACCAUCUAUGAUGGAACUCCAUCGUCGUCUGCUGCUCGGAAGUUUGUUGUGGACAUCUUCUACAACCACGCCGAGUCUGCCGUCUUGGAUAAGACGGAAGAGUACCCAACCGACUUCCUGCUCGACCUGUGUCGCAAGAGUCUGUCGCGCGCGAACAGGACGCCGAUGGCUGCUCCUGGAGAUGUCUACACUUUGAGCUGCAUCUAUCACGAGCACGGCAAAGACGGAAAAUGCUAUCUCAAUGGCAAUUCAUGA